UGCGGCAGCUUGUCUCCAACCGUCAUGGCCAAUCUACGCAGGCAUACAUUAGCAUUCUUUGUCUUCGGAUUGAUCAACAAUGUCCUCUACGUUAUCAUUCUGUCUGCGGCCCUCGACUUGCUUGCUGCACCCUCCAACACCCCAACCAACCCGUCCAGCCCCUCCCGCGCAGAGCCCGGCAACGCGCCGCCCCCACCGGCGGGCAUCAUCGUGUUCUGCAACAUCUUCCCCGCGCUCGUUGCAAAGCUCGCGUGGCCGUACCUGCUUCCCCCGCCCAUCCGCUACGCGCGGCGCGUCGUUGCGUGCUGCGCUAUCAGCGCUUGCGGAAUGCUCUCGAUCGCCUUCUCGAACGGACUUGGGAUGAGGUUGGCCGGCAUCGGGAUGGCGUCGUUCUCGAGCGGCCUCGGAGAACUGACGUUCUUGCAGCUCUCGACGACGUAUCCGGAGAAGGAGGUCAUGGCUAGAUGCGUUGGAGCGUUCUCGUCGGGCACCGGGUUUGCGGGACUGUUUGGCGCCUUCCUGUGGUGGACAAUACGUGGCUUCGGUGUGCGCGCUGGUGUUGGCAGCUGCACGGUUCUCCCCUUCCUCCUGCCUCUUUGCUACUUCCUCGUACUCGGCUCAGCACCAGAACACGCGGGAUCAAUGCCAAGCGAGUACACUCCCAUCGCCACUGCCGAAGAAGCUCUGCCAGCACAGCCCAUCAUGACCCACAAAUCAACCUCCGAGGUAUCUUUGACUGUUAGGGACAAGUUCCAGCUCGUGCGACCUCUCUUGGCUCGCUACAUGAUCCCUUUGUUCUUGGUGUACUUCUUCGAAUACACCAUUAACCAAGGGGUGUCGCCCACGCUGAGCUACCCUCCGCCCUCUACGGCCGAUCAUCCCAUACUGGGUAGGCUCUUCAGGACUCGAGGCGACUUCUACGUCGUCUGGCAGAUGACCUACCAAAUGACGGUGUUCUUGUCUCGCUCGUCUCUGCUGCUUUCGAUACCAGCUCUUCCAGAGCGCUUGCUACCCCUGCCGGCCACGGUGCAAGGUGUUCUGUUGGCCAUCCUGGCUUACAUCAGUAUCUCGACAGGCUCUUACGGCGUGGACGUUAUGGUCAAGGAUGGAGAUGCUGUUGGCAUCAUCUAUCUCAUUCUUAGCCUCAUCGCUCUCGAAGGCGUAUGUGGUGGCUCUUCCUACGUGAACACAUUCUACCGCAUCAACCAAGAGUCCGAUCGCCUCAUCGACGCCGCGAACCUCACGCCUAGCCAGCCCGAGACUGGGCGCAUCGCCCUUCCCGAAGACCCUGUCUCCGACGACGAGCCCGACUCGGACGACGACAGGCCACCUUCGCCGACUAUGACUCUGGAUAGUGGGACGCGUGCGUGGCGUGAAGACCUUACCGCGCGUCCUCCUGCCGCCUCUUCCAUAUCCUCUGCCGGCGAUGAGCGCUUGCGAGCUGCGCAGAGGGAGUUCCUCAUUGGCUCUCUGGGCUUUUCGGACUCCGUUGGGAUCCUGCUGGCGUCGAUUGUCAGCGUGCCCGUUGAGGUUGCGCUGUGCAAGGUGAGGGAGGGCGGGUGCGUGAGGGGGUGAGCCGACGUGCUUAUGGCCUUGGGACGACUCCGUAUAAUGCUAUCUUUCCGCUUUAUGUAUGUGUAAUAUUGCUCUAAUGCUUUCUGCUGUUUGCGCGUCGCCAAAUCUUCUCAUCCAUUGUGUCCGAAUAUGGAUCAGCG